AUGCCAGAAGACACAUCGCGACACCCCUAUGGUUCCUGCGCAGAUUCACGGGGACCCAGCCAGGUACAAUCAGAGGAUAGAACCGCACCCUCGGUGAUCGAGCGACCGGUGCCAAUCUGCAGGCUUCCUACAUGCCCUUCUAGUCCGAACGAGAGAAUCCGCCAGGCUCUCGCAACUCUGGAUUUCACUACUCUCCAUUCAGAGGCUCUUUCUGCCAACCAUAUGACAGUACAACACCCGAAACUACCUUCAGAAGCCGAGUUGACUCAGGGAGAAAUGAUAUUUGGCAGUCGCUACAACUACACGCGGGAGAACUCGCCAUCAUUUUGCACGUACGGAAAAGCACCAAACACCACUGGAUGCGACUUUGACGAAGCAGUUGAUAGACCCCCUUUCCAGUCACCCGCCGUGGGACAGACUCGACACUGCAAUUCUUCUGCCCAGGAUGACCUUCCUCUGUCUCUGGGACUGAUGUUUGAUCCACUGUGGAGCCCGGUUAUGACCAAAAAGGCCGCCAUCACUGCGUAUGCAAUUGAUUUGCAUCGGGAAAUCCUGCGCAAUAAUGGACUUCUUUGA